CCCGCCCACGCUCUAUGCAGGAAGUACAGGUGAGGGUCGGCAGCGUCUGCGUUCCGUGAGGGCUUUGUUCUCUCCUCCCGCCCGACUUUCUGGUUGCUUCUUCCCAGUUCCCCUUUCCCUGGUCCCGGUGUGCAGCUCGUGGCGUCCUGGGACCGCGGCUGUAACAUCCCGGAGGCCUUGGGGCCGCCGGGCCUGCUUCCCCCAUUCAGCUCAGUGCGGUUGCCCGCCUCAGCGCGGGGCGCUCUGCUCGCUGGAGCGACCCAGCAGCACCUGAGGGACCGCCCGACCUCCCCCCCACACACCCAGAGCCUUCCUUCCGCCCGCGGCAGGGGAGCGUCGGGCUGCAGCCUCUGCAGCUUCUGCACCCGCGGGGUGUUUGCCCUCUCAGGGUCGGCGCGGCCCCGCGGCGUUUCCCGGCUCGCCCAGGAGGUGGUGCUGAUGCCCCGGCUUUACAUCUAGGCCAGAUGACAGAGCGCCCGUCCUCUGACAUCAUGUUGCUCAGCUUUGCCACUGACAUCCUGAGGAAUUCUGAGCUGCAGGGCAUCUGUGUUGGGCAGUUAUUUCUGUUUGCCACUCCCAAGUAAUGUUGAGUUAAGAGGGGGACAUGGCUGUAAGAGCAUGUGGCUUGAUAAUCUACAGAAGACUGCAGUCAUCACCGUCUUCUAAGGCUGCUGACAGUAUCGAAUACCUCCUCCUCCAGACAUCCUAUGGGACCCAUCACUGGACCCCCCCCAAAGGCCAUGUGGAUCCAGGAGAGGAUGACUUGCAGACAGCCUUCAGGGAAACACAGGAAGAGGCAGGUCUUCAGGCCAGUCAGCUCAAUCUUGUGGAAGGGUACAGGAAAGAACUGCACUAUCCUGUCCACGGCAAACCCAAGACUGUUGUUUACUGGCUGGCAGAGGUGAAGGAUUGUAACACAGAAAUUAAGCUCUCGGAGGAACACCAGGCUUUCCGCUGGCUGAAGUUGGAGGAUGCUUGCAAAUUUGCAGAAUAUGAGGAUAUGCAAGCAACGCUGAAAGAUGCGCAUCAGUUUCUCAGCUCCAACAAAUAAAUGCUUUUGUGAAGAGCAAGAAGAAUUUCUGAUAUUUUUUUUUAAUUUAAUUUUAUUUUUUAGCCAGUAUAAGUACUAUAUGGCUGCAGAAAUAUCCUUUCUUUUUCUAAACCUCUACAAACUCAGUAAUAAUACUUGGAGCUUUUAAAGAACUUAUGCUUUUGUCUCCCAUAGCUAAUGUAAAAGCAGUGUGGUCUGACUGAACUGUAAGCCAGAGAUAUCUGAGUUGAAACCCUGAGCUAACAAAGUCUCUCUGUGUUCCUCUCUAUUUUUUUUUCAUAAAUUGCUGAAUAAUUGUGUCUACUUUUGAAAAUCAAACACUUGAUGUUUCUUGACUUGCUGAUGUAGAUCUGCAGUGUUGUAAAAAUGAGGAUAUGGAGAUUUUUUAAUAGUAAAAUGUGUACUGCAGAAGUUGCAUCUUGCAUUUCAAAUUGGGCAGCAGUAGUUCUGUUCCUAAUUCCUCUGCUGAUAUACUGUGAUAACUUGUCAAAUCAUUUCAGGUCUUGUUUGUUUGUAUCAUGAAUUUAUGUACAUAGCUGAUAUUCUGUUAUGAAAAUAGUUGCUAUCCAAGGAGUCUCAGUAAACUGUUGACAUACAGUAUUUAAAUGGUAAACUUGAAGUUCUUUUUUUCCCCUUCCUUUUUGUUCUCAAACAGAUACUUUGGCCAUACAUUAUUCAAAAGGUUGUGAAGGGGAAGUCUAUGGCUGCCUAAUAGAGCAUUUUCUACACACAGUAUCUGAGCUAAUAGGCAUUGCAUCUGUUUGAUAGCAUCAAUGUUGUCUGCAGGCUGCAUACGCGGGGGCAGCAGGGUCAUGUGCACUGUCAGUGCUUUGCUGCAGACACUCCCGUUGGAUGAUUACAGUAGGCUGUGGUUGUACUUCUGGCUUCUGCAUCUUCACCUGCAUCAGCUUUUCUGUGAAUCUCUCUUUUGUCAUUGACAUGCUAGUGCUUUGUAUGGUCAUUAAAUGUUCUGUUAGUAAUGA